CACAGCGAAAUGGACCAACUAGCCUCUCUGGCAGGUGUCCUGUUUGUAGCUUUGCUUCGUCUGCUCUAUAUACGACUCCAUCGUAGACAAGAAAACCUCUCCUCACCUCCCAAGCGUCCAGCUCUCCAAGAAGAUGAGGAAUCUCGACCUCUCAUUGCACCUCCUCGUGCUGCUCAAGAAUCUCUCACCUGCCGAAGAAAGUUGAUCUGUAGCCUGGCCGCCGUCGCCUACAUCGCAGUUGCAGUCUUCGUUGCAGUCGCUACUGUCAAGGAAUAUGGAGGUCCAGUGCUCAAAGACAGCAGAUUCGUUUUCGGGAGGGGAGGGAUGGUCACAGUCGCUCUGAUCGUAUUAGCUAGAACUUUGUUCUACAAGUCAUCCGAUAUUCUUCGGGAGCUUCAGGCAGACGCAGUGGCGCUCAUCGCCAUUCCGCGGUCAUGCAAAGUGACUGCUGAACUCUUUGGCUGUGCGAAAUUACUAGAAUCCAAUCAAAUCGGCACACUCUAUGUCAGUCUAUGUCUGCAACUUGCAGUCGCGCAUGGUGUCUCAGACAGUCUUAACGCAACCUUACCCACCAAGCUGAGAAGUAAGAUGACAACAUACGUUGACAUUACCCUUUGGGGAGGGCUGCCGUCCCCUACAAAAGAGGAUGUUGUUGAGGCGGUUGGCACUUUUCUUGCUCAUCCAAGCAUGGCUGAAGGCGCUCCCGCCCAAACGUUCUUUGCCGAAUUAUCCACAUGCCACACCACAAGGCACCUAAUUGACAAGAUUCGCCUGCACCAGCAUGCCCCUCCUAAUGCUAUGCACCCUCGCCGUCGCUUCAAUCCCUCCGAAUACCAGAUAACGGAGAUGGUUGUAUUGAAGCGGCGUCUUCUCAUUCAGCACGAGGGUUUCGUCUUCCUAGUCCACCACGAACCCCCCGCACAGCAUCCGCAUCCGGCUGAACCAGACUUUCUUAUCGACAUAGACUCAACACACUCCAAUCCGUUCUUUUCAUCCCCAAAGCUUGCUAUCGAUCGUGUUGACUGUUCUCUGUUUCCUGCGGUACCCGGCGUACAACGAAUCGAAGGAACUUUUGGUCGUCCAGUCAUAUGGCGCAUGCCAGACCCUGACCGUGACGAUUACGUAUUCAACAUGACCCUGUUUGAAGUCGGUAUUUUGCUCGACACGGUUUUGUUUUCGUACCCGCAGGAGCAGUACAACGCGCUAUACAAGAACUGCUUUUCGAACUCACGUAUCUUACGGACUGUCAUCAUCCGCAUCAUCCAGGAGCAGCAACCAGGCGUAGUAGUUGCUGCACAAGAACCAAAUGAGUUUAGUGUUACAGUUGGAACCUGUUUCGGCAUCCGCUUGGACAGGGACCAAGGGGAAGAGGCGGUUGUUUUCGGAAACUAUCAGGGCUUGCUCUUACCUUGAAACAUAUGUUGGAAUUGACAGUACACUGGUCAUAGUACGCGAUAAUAUGGCACUUGCUCGUUUGUUACAUCUGUCAAUGUCAUACGUCUAGACUAUUAAUGCAGAUAUUCAUAAG